GCAAAAUCUGUUUUUGAACCAAAACACUUGCCUGGCCUUUUCAUGGCUUGUGCACCUCGGCUUUUGCAGGUGGUACCUAGAAGAUGCAACCUCACUGGUGCAGCCAGGCCAGUUACGACCUUGUGGCAACGUGUUCCGCAUCGUCGCGCUUGUGCAUCUACCAGUGCAGAACGAAUCCCUAGUGUGGCCAGCAGAGGCAAACCUGUCAGAUGGGACUUUGUCAAAUGCCAACCUGUUUUCGAUAAGUACGUGGAAUUCAACUUCACCGAGGAGGACAAACGACGAUUUGUUGGCGAACGGGCCAAGUUUUCGGCAGAUACACGCUUGCUCAAUGUGCCACCACAUGUCCAAUCACCAGCAGAGAUGGAUUGGCGGGAGACCUACGAGGCACUUGUAACGAUAGCACGCCUCGAUGACCAUAUCUCAGGAUACUUCCAAGAGCUCAUUUAUGGCCGGGUGGAGGACAAAGACCUCAUGGGCCGUUUUGGCAUCUCUCUUUUGGAAGGAAAGACGCUGGAGAAGCCGCUUCACAACACGAAAGCUGUACCGAGAGAGGGCGCGUACUUCGCCAUGCUGCAACAGACCUAUUGGUUGAGCUUGCACGUGUGGCUCGUCCAUUCCAAGCAGCACAUGAUUCAGGAAAAUGAAGGGAUCUUUGGCAGUGCGAUUUGUGCGCUCAUUACGAGAAGAGUCUUUGAAUGGGCCUGGGUCAUUGUUCGGCUUUGGCUGAAGCAGGAGGAUGUGCCUGCUAUGAGCAUUGGAACCGAACUCGAGCACUUUAUGGAGUAUGUGUUUGGCUUUUGUGCAGCUUUAGAUGAGGCCUUCUUGCAAGAGGCCUCCCAUGGAUCUGCAAAAGCUGUACAAAGAAAGGACAAUGAGCUUGAAGAGGGUCAGGUUGGCCUGCUUCCUUGCGUCAAGCAAGUCCUUUGGUCGAAUGUGUUUUUUGGAGCUUGUGCCCAUGACCAUUUGCAGUUAGAGGAGCUUGCAGCAAGCUUGGCAUGCAUUGGUGCUCGAACUGUCACAUGCAGCAUGAACAAUGAUCAAAUGAUGCUACAUAAUCAGGAAAGAGAAGAUCCAACAACGGAAGUAUUUGGCUUGAACUUCAUCUUUCCUUUCCUUUUUUGGUUUUGAUUGGUGUUUUGUCUCAAAACCCCUUUGUUUGCAAACAGAAACUUGGUGUAACCAGAGAGCUUUUGGAGGUGAACUUUGCAGGGUCGGUCAGGUGUACUUGAUUCGCCAGCGGAUUGCCCUGGAAGCACUCCCGCGUACAGCGUUCUUCACUCGAAGGAGACCCGCUCACUGGUAGAAGUGGAAAGAAGGGCUGCAGUGACUUGAAAACAAAUCUAUUUGGAAACAAACUGUUUGCGAGGAUGACUUGGGCCGACUUUCCAGUGAGAGAAUGAUCCUGUGCAUCAAAUGCCAUGUCCAAGUGCUCCUCAAUAGAUUCUUUUCUUCAUCAAAUUCAAAGGAGAGCAACAUUUUUUGCGCCCUCAAAGUCAUGGGCUGCAAAUGACUUCAUUGAAUUUAUGGAAGCUUUGUGGAUUGACGAUCCAAGGGGACAGGAUAUGGACAGGAUAG